CGAGGCAAGCCCGUCCGACUGCACAGUGUCAGAUGGCUGGGACGCAGCGGGCGGCGAGCGAGCUGGGACCUGCAGCGGCGGGCUGGGGCGGCGGCCUCGCGGCGGGCCUGGCCGCGCUGCUCGUCUCUGCCGCGCUGCUGGCGGUGUGGCUCGAGCUGGCAACCCUGCAGUGGGAGGUGCACACGCUGCGCGGUCGCCUGCAGGUGCUGGAGAACACCUGCCUCCUGCGCGCGCAGCUCGGCGCUCUUUCUCAGGCGGUACGUUAUGAAGAACGCAUUAUAUAUCGUAGUGGCAACGAAGAGGUGAUCGUCUCUUUUCCAGAGGAUGAAACGCCGACACCAACGAACGAAGCAGUUAAAAUAAAUACUCCUGCUCGAAUGAAUGACUACAACAGAGAUAGAGAUGGUCAUACAGGCAACGGUCGCCAUAGAAGAGAAACAGUGUCCGGCACCUGGAACCCAAAUUUGCCAGAUUUACAAGAAAGUGGGAAUUCGCCUCGGAAUCCGACGGAUAGAGAAAAAACGUCCGACGAUCGUAAUUUACAUAUGCUUCUCUCAAGAGAUGUUUCUUUAACACCACCAGCCAAUCAUACAACUUCGGCUGUGAUUCUACCAGACAGUGCAUCGAUAGCUCCACUGAGAAAAAAUAACAGAGCUCGCAAUCGCAAGAAACAUACCCACAGAAGUGAGACUGCAGUUGCGUCCGCGACGGGGAGCCAGCCAGACCCAACUGAAGCAGCAGCGACCACCAGGCAUUCUCGUGUCGCGGGAAGUGACUCUGGAUUGAUGAGGUCCAUGGGAAAAUCAUCUGCAUUGCGAAGUCAACCGACUCGUGAGGAAUCCCGCACUAUCUCAGGGCCUCUGGUGCAUCCAUUUACCAGGACUCGUCGCAGGCGACCGAAGAACGAAGCGAGAAGGGCCGCUGUUGAGUUUGUGAGUGACGAAGCUGAACGGCCCACGGAAGCAGACCUCUUCGUGGCCGCCCACUACCACGGAGACACUUCUCGCUACUCGUCUGCUCACCAGCACUACGCUGGUAAUGGGCGAUUAAGACAUCCAGAUGGACGUUUUCGAGACUGGACACCAAUUUCCUGGAUGAAUACACUAAGGAUGCACAAUCAUGUUUCUCUUACAAAUGAAGGGGUUGUAAAUGUGCGCUCCAGUGGCUUGUACUUUCUGUAUGCACAGAUUUACUACGCUGAUGUGCAUGAUACAAAUGGCUUCAGACUAUACAGAAACAACAGUCCGAUUCUUCACUGCACAACCCAUUCAUCGGCCACAGAUCACAGCGUGAAAGCAAAUACUUGCUUCACGGCUACUCUGGAAUAUCUUCACGAAAAUGACGAGAUAUAUGUCUCAGAUGUAGAAGGCUUAAGAUACUCAUUGUUUGAGCCUGCGAAAAGUUUUUUUGGGUUUUUUAAAGUGAACGACCACGUGUAAACUAAGGCAAACUUUUGUGUUACAAUUUUGAUUAUAGUAAUUAUUGUAUGUUACAAAUAUAGUUAUGGAACAUAUUGUUCGCAAAAUAAAAAUUACAUUAUUAUUUAUAAA